AUGUGCCCCCAAAGACAGUUCCAAUCAUUUACUACAACUGCAGAGUCUACACUUUCACAUACAACUCACAAGCAAUUAUCCGGUGCAACAAUUUAUGAUGAGCCAGAAAACUUUCUAGAGAUAGAGGUUUGCAACCCAAAGACUCAUUUCCCUAGUGGCGAUGCUAAGGGAAUGUAUACAGAUUAUGAAAUUAUAUGCAGGACGAAUCUUCCUGGCUUUUCUAAAAGAUCGAGUUCCGUUCGAAGGCGGUACAGUGAUUUUGAACUAUUCAGAAAGUUGCUGAUCAAAGAAUUACAACUGAGCAACCAUCCGAAAGUCUCAGUACAACAUUUGCCAGGAAAGAUUCUCCUUUCAAACAGGUUCAGUGAUGCAGUUAUAGAGGAAAGACGCCAAGGCUUGAACAAAUGGCUGGCAUCUGUCGCUGGGCACCCUCUAUUACAAACUGGAUCAAAAGUCCUCGUCCGUUUCAUUCAGGAUCCUACCUUCCAGGGGUAG